AUGAGGGCCUGUUGUCCGUCCACGCAGCGCUGGGGUCAGCUGCUCAACGCCUUCGCCGCAGUCUUCACGGUCCUGGGAGGUCUGGUUGGGAUGGUGGGUCACAUGAUGUACAUGCAGGUGUUUCAGACCACAGCAUCGAUGGGACCUGAAGACUUCAAGCCUCACAGCUACGGCUACUCCUGGGCUUUCUAUGUGGCCUGGCUCGCCUUCACCGUCUGCAUGUCCGCCGGCGUCUCCACCCUCAACAACUACACCAAGAAGGUCCUGAUGGUGGGACCCCGGCAUUACUCCAGCCUCAACCCCUGCAGCUUCAACUUCGUGGGGCUCCUCCCACCGUAUUACACCCCCGCCAACCCAGACAACGCCAUUUCCCACCUGUCUCCGUAUUACGCGCCCCCUGCCAUGACCAUACCGCCCCCUCCCCCGAGGCUCACGCACACCGACUCCUUCCCUUCCGCCUUCUCUCACCCUGAACCUGCAUCAGCUUUCCACCGCCUCUCCCUCCCCGCUCCAUCGCUCGAUCCGUCUGUCUCCGUCCUCAUGGCGCUGCCGGGACACCAGGAGGAGCCGGAGGACGACUUCAGCCCGCUUUGAGCUUCUGUCUCUGCUCAGACUGAUGCUCAUGUUCACCUCCAGAAACAACAGUUUUAUGUUUAAUUUGUUUUUCUUUAUGUGUGCUGAGUUUACCAGGACAUCCAGAAAGAAGCUGUUUCUGUCUCUGUGUUUAAAUAAAGAAAAAACAUUUGAAAGUG